AUGCUGAGUCCAUCAAAUUCCGUGAUUGUCGUCGAUGAUUCGAGCGACGAUGAACCCGUGCCUCUCAGUGGUAAACAAGUCGUCUCUUUGAUCGUGAGUUCAUCUGAUGAGUCGGACUCAGUUAGCCUCUGUCUGGUAAAGAAGCCGCGCGUGGCUUCACCCACGCUCUCUGCUACCCUUACCGACCUUACGAGCAUACAUUACGGCAGUGGGAGUGAAUUAAUAGAGGAAAAAAAAAGAGAGAGACCUUUACAAAAGAAGCAUGAGAGUGAUACUUGUGAGUACUCGGCACCUCGAGGUGAAACGUUGGCCCCGGUAAAUAAGGCGAGCUUAGCUGGCCAAUCUAGUGCUACCAUUGAAUCUGGCGAUGAUGAUACCAGUGAGGAAGCGGCUCAGCUGAGGCUUACGGACACUGACGGACGAAUGUACUCGGAUUUCAUUUCUUUCAGCGAAUUACAAGCGCAGCAGCGUGAGUUCGAAAGACUGCAGGCUCACGCACAUCGCACAAGCAAAUCAAUGCCUCACAAGAUUGCACGCCGAGCAACUGCGGGAUCAAAGCGUAAAGCAAGCGACACCGCUUCGGUGACGCACAGUAGAAACAAGUGCCCGUCAAUGAGGAAAAUGACGCCGCCCUCGCCGUUCGGCUUUGAUCAUUCCAAGUCAAGUGAUGUGUUUUCUUUUUCGUUGUCAUCCGACAUAGAAAACCACGCAAGCGCAUCGAGUGUCCGAGCUAAGUUGAUAUCCAUGAAGGAUGUAGCGACACGAGAGCGUGAGCUCGCGCGAAUGUGCAAUGACAACGCGAAAAAAAUAUGUCAAGCGGUGCCUUCGAAGAAGAGAAAAAUUACGGACUCACCAAAGCCAUCAGUACCAAAACCAUCGCUUUCUCCGCUCAAAGACCAGAAAAACCUCGUUGAUGAAACUCACUGGUUUGAUGAUAACUAUACCGAAGCGGAUAUACCCUUCCAACCCGAACCGUCCUUGGAAGAAUCGUUGUCAAAAUUGAACAAUGACAAAUUCAAUGACGAAGAGCACAUGUUCAGCAAGCCAACGAAAUCUAACUUACAAAUAUCCUUAGGCCGUACCACUGAACAGUCCCAAGAACGAGGCAAGACAGAAUUGUGUGUUGAGUGGAAAAAAUCUUCCAAGCUUAAGCGCAAGAAGGGAAAGAAUAAACCAAGGCCUUCAUCAGCAAAAGCAGGAGCGAUUAUUUCUACGAGUACGAAAGCUGGUCCUUCGUCAAAGAAGCUGGCGCAUCGCAGGAAUGCUCGCGAUACGGUUAUGCCUGGUACGGUGUGGCGAAAUGUUUGUUUUGAUAUAGGACCAAUGACUUUGCUACCGCUCGAUUCAAACGUCGCGCAUCCUUUUUACUCGGUAUUUGACUGCCCGCUGUUAAGCUAUGAUGUGGACGGUAGCCUGAGAAGAAGGUGCAAAAUCUUUCCUCAGCUUGGCUCAUCAACACAGUUUCCUUUAUCUACGCAAGAGUCUGCAAAGCUUGAGCAAAAUAUUACACAACAAGACAUGGACACCCUCGUUACUGAACUAAUCCAUCGCGAAUUGCCCAGGCUUCGAGCAUGCCGCCAGCGAAAAACGACGGCUAUUCUUAUUGAAGCGCGAGCGAAGAUUAAAACAUAUCUCGCUGCACACGAGGCUCUUAAGAAGCAGGGCGUGCACUACCAAACACAAGGCAAACGUCUGGGUGAUGUGGCUGUGUUGAGCAAGUCUCUACUUAACCAAAUGAAGCAAGAAAAAAUGACGCAAGCAUUGUCAUUGGGAUAUUACACUAUGUUGGGUGAAACGCUAAGUGUCGAAGAGAAAGUGUUUCCACAAGACGUUAAUCAGCUGCCUUACAGUCGACCACUAAGCAAAAGCACUGCUUACAUCGGCUUGAAAGCAAACAUUCGAGCGGAGGACGAUUUAAUUUUGCACUACAAGCCAUAUUUCGGAGAAGAUGAUGAUGGUGCAGAUAUCGAUGAAGCUUGGUACGAUGCAAUUGGACCCAAGAGUUCGAGUCUGUCACUUGGCCUGGAUGGCGAGGUGAACGAGUGUUUAUUGCGUCUUGUUGUAUGUGAAUGCGGAACUACCGACAAUGUGUUCAGUGCGCUGAAAAAUGUGCUCGGGUUUGCUCAAGCUUACUCGGAUUACAGCGAGAUGAAAAAGUUAGAUGAUUCGUUUAAUCUCGCAAAACGGCGCAUAAAGGAGGCAAAAGAGCUGAUCUCAAGGAAGCCAAAAGAGUUUCCGCUGGCGAAAUUGGUAUCCUUGGAACCAUCACUACAAGACAUUACGGAUUGUCAAAAGACCCUGGCGGAACGGUUAACUCCACCGCCAAAUUAUUUCGACUCAAAUCUGGCAAGGCAUCACUCAAACCGUAGCUAUGGUUUGGGGCUACGAUCAACCAAGAACUACGCGGAAUUGAUUGAAACGUAUCGUGACAUGUUCUGCCGUAUGUGUUACGAUUACCAUUGUCUCGAGCACGGCAUUGAGCAUCCGCUUCCGUCCCACCGGGUUGAUCCUGUUUACCCCCCGGUCCGCCUGUCACCUGUCGCAUUUGCUACCCUUGCGAAAUUGCAGUCCGGCCACGACCUAAGACCAACAGACCGUAGCUCCGGAAGUUGCGUAUCUACCGUAAGUCCCCGGACUAGCGCUGGCGCACCAAAUAGUAGUAAUUACACUGCUGUCGAUAGUUUCCAAAGCGAGGGAUUACACAGCGGGUAUGUGCGUACCGAUAAGGGCAUUGAUGGGGAACUCGGGCUUAGCGAAACGAACUACACGAUUGCUGCAGACGGAGAAGUGACAACUACCGAACAUUUACAAGAAACUCGUCGAUCUUCUCGCGCAUUGACAAGAAUUUGUACUUCAGCAAGCCAAAGCUUGAUUAUGCAAGGUGCUCGACCAUUUCAAAAGAAGCAAUAUGGGCCUUAUCGCGCCCAACUAUACCCGCAGGUGGCAGAUGAGUCUGAGUACCUUGAUGACUAUUACUGCGGCCAAGUGACUGCCAUUGUCCAUCAGUCACAGCAAGCUGACGAGAAGUGCUUAAACGAGUGCUGGAAAGCUGAAAUUUCCACUGCUUCUACAGACAUUGUGAAGUUAAUGAGCGACACCGAGCUGACCUUACUACGGAAGCUUCGGGACAUCAUUGGCGACAACCCGUGUCUCAUUUCUUCCACUAGUAAGUCAGCAACGUGCAAGGAAGUUAAGGCAUUGUUGGAAUAUGAUUGCAACAGCAAACGAACUCGCACGAGCGCGAUGGACAUCUUGCCGCUGUCACUUGAAGCCCGUUCCAAUCACAAUGGCCGAAAGCGUAGUAGAGCGCUAAAAUCGCGCAGCAGUAGCAAUCAAAGUCUGCUUAACAAGACUAGAAACAAUUGCUUGAAGGACAGGGGGGCAAACCAUGAAUAUGAGCCAUGUGAUCAUGAGGGUGCGUGCGAUUCGACGGGUUGCUCAUGCAUGACACGCGAUCAUACGUGUCACAAGGCGUGUUCAUGCUCACGCAGCUGCCCCAACCGAUUCCCAGGGUGCAAGUGCAGCCUUGGAAACUGCCGAACCAAGGCGUGCCCGUGUUUCAUCGCUGCGCGCGAGUGUAACCCCGAUUUGUGUGUGACUUGUGGUGCUAGCGAAGUCCCGGCAUUGAUUUUCGAUAAGGAGCGCAGAAACAUGUCUGCAUUGGACUUAGGUAUCUGUUGUAACGUAAAUAUCCUGCGAGGUCUGCACAAGAAAGUUGGUGUCGGAUACUCUACCACCCACGGAUGGGGGGCCUUUGCCUUAGAGCCGAUCAAGCGUGGCGAGUUCAUCUACGAGUACCACGGAGCGCUCCUUUCUCAGGACGAAGCAGAACGCCGUGGCAGUAUCUAUGACAAGAUGACUAUCAGCUUUUUGUUCGAUGUUGAUGAUGACUCUGUAGUUGACGCAAUUCGCAAGGGCAACAAAAGCAAAUUCGCAAACCACUCGACAACGAACAAAAAAUGCAAAAGCAAAGUUCUGACUGUUGGUGGCGAGCACCGAAUUUCUAUCUGGGCGCAGCAAGAUAUUGCGAAGGGUGAAGAGCUCUUUUUUGACUACGGCUACCAAGGGGAAACCGCACCGGAUUGGAGCCAACUUCGCAUCAAGGGGUCUGCGCGCCGAGGGUCCAAGAAAAAAGUGGAAGAGAAGAAGAAAGAGUAUUAA